AAAUUCCAAACACAAAUGAAGCUUUGUCGGAUCCAAUUUCGAGACGUGGACAACUGUCAGAGGUUAUGUUACAGAUUAAUCAUGAGGUUUCUGGCACUAUGCUGUUACGCGAUCUUUCUUUUACCCGGUUUUAUACAAGUUGGAUACCAUUAUUACUUCUCAAGGCAAGUCCGAAGAGACAUUGUUUAUGGUGAUCAACCAAGGAAUAAACUUGAUCUGUUUUUGCCUGUAAACUGCGAAAGCCCAAAGCCAGUUGUUGCAUUUGUAACCGGGGGAGCCUGGAUUAUUGGAUACAAAGCAUGGGGUUCUCUUUUAGGGCAACAGUUAGCAGAAAGAGGCAUUAUAGUUGCAUGUAUAGAUUACAGAAAUUAUCCUCAAGGAACCAUUAGUGACAUGGUUGAUGAUUCGUCUCGGGGUAUUGCAUUCGUGUGUAAUCAUAUCGGUGAAUAUGGAGGUGAUCCAAACAGGAUUUACUUAAUGGGACAAUCAGCUGGUGCUCAUAUUGCUGCAUGUACUCUCAUUGAGCAGGCAAUGAAAGAAACCGGAGAAGGCGAUAAUUCUACUUCUUGGAGUUUGUCACAAAUUAAGGCUUAUUUUGGUUUAUCGGGCGGGUACAAUAUGUUUAACCUUGUGGACCACUUUCAUAGUCGAGGCCUAUUUCGAUCAUUGUUUUUCAAAAUUAUGGAGGGCGAAGAAUCGUUACAGAAAUUCUCUCCUGAAAUUGUCGUUCAAAAUCCAGCAAUUACAGUUGCAGUUUCGCGACUCCCUCGGUUUGUACUUUUUCAUGGUACCGGAGAUUAUUCAAUUCCUUCGGAAGCAAGUUUGUCUUUCGCGAACACUCUUGAAAGAGUUGGAGUGAAAGCCGAAGCAAUUAUGUACGAUGGAAAAUCCCAUACCGAUGUUUUUCUUCAAGAUCCAAUGAGGGGUGGAGAAGAUGAACUUUUCCACGAUGUUGUUAAGAAUAUCCAUGCGGGUGAUGAAGAGGCUUUAAGAAGAGAUUCAUUGGCUCGGCCUAGGAAACGUCUUGUACCCGAGUUCUUGUUGAAGUUAGCUCAUAUUGUCAGCCCAUUCUAACCA